UGUAAUAUAUUUCUCUUCUUUUAGCAUAAAACACUUUUUUACACCAAUAAAUACAACAUGAGGGUGAAACUUCACUUUGAAGAUUUCCCUGCUUCCUCCAACAAUCGAAAAGUAUGUUUUCUGGUAGACAAAGAAUCAUGCAAGAGGGUAACUGAUCUUUGCUAUUUGAUAAAAGAGCAGUAUUAUUCUUCAAAUGGUAUAGUAUCACUAUAUUUGGAUGGUUUUUAUUUCCCUUCACAAGAAAGCAUAAAUAUUAUUCAAGAAAAUGAUACAUUGAAUGUGAGGUUUUCAGGAUAUAGCAUAAAAGAAAAGUCAUUACCUACAAGUGGAAAUAGAAAAAGAAAGGCUGAACAGUCAAGUUCCGAUUCAUCUUUGUCCACUAACACUGAAGGUGAGGUGAAUACAGAAACAGGCAUCAAGAAAACAGUAGCCAGGCCACAGAAAUGUGCAAGAUUAACGUCAGCAUCAAAACUGUUGCCAUUAAGUAAGCUAGGAUUUAGAAGUAAUCAAAAGAAAAAGGAAGUAGAAGAAUCGUCGUCAUCGUCUUCAUCUUCAAGUGAUAGUGAUUCUAACGAUAGCUCAGAUAAGGAAGAAAGAAAAAUAGCAAACAGUGACCAAAAAGCCACACACAAAAUUCCAUCAGUUGAUUUAACUAAGCAAUUAAGUAAUCAUGUAUUUGUAAAACCUACUCUUAUAAAGACCAACGUAAAGAAGUCAGGCAUUGCGAAAAAGAAAACAAAUAAAUCGUCUAGUAGCAGUGAUUCAUCAUCUAGUGAUUCAAGUGAAGAUGAAAAAACGGAAAGCAAAAUAGACUUUGAUAUCUCCAAUUUGUCAAAGAAGGCAAUAUCCACACCAUUUCCGACACCCCCUGUUUUUCUUUCCUCGUCAAACCAGUCUAUUAAAACCAGUAAAGCAGAUUUAUGUGCCAAAAAGUUGCCUAAAAAAGAUAACUAUAAAAACACUUCACAAAUUCUUACAAGUAAGCCUUGGACUCCGAAUACUUCAGAGACAAACAUUGAAGAGAAACUUAAUUGUUCUGUCGAGACAAAUAUACGUGCUGAAGGUAAUACCAGUGAGUUCAAAGUUUCUGGAAAAACCUUGCGGAAUCGUAGACGACGUCAGAAGAGAUUGGAACUUGCUCGAAACAAAGCCAAGAAGCAAAGUGGUGAAGGGAAAUUAGAUGAUGAAACAGAGAAGGUGGAUACAACCUCUUAUAUGACUGAAAAUAAUCUGAAGAAAGGGCUUGGUAAUGCAGAAACUCUUAGUGAAAUAACACCACAGCCUGCUGGAACUAGAGAUUACAGCACUUACCCAAAACUUGUCGAACCACCAUCAGUUGGAAGUUUGAUAGCAUACAAGGUGAUAGAAAUGUCUUUUUCAUACACACCAGAGAUGUCGGAAUUCAAGGAAGCUGUUGUAAACAGCCACAACAAAGAAACUAACGUAUUAGAACUUAAACUUUCGUCAGCUUCACUACACAAAGCAAGAGGUGAUGGCAAUGUGACUGGUCGUUUCGAAUUACCAAUGGAACAAGACGAAGAUAAAGAAAAUACAAUGGAUGAUAUAGUGUUAGUGAACUGGUCAGAAUUGUGUGAUGUACGCCUAAUACUGUGAAACAUUAUCCAUUGUCAAAAUGUCAAGAAGAAAUCGUAUAUCUCAAACAGUUAAAGGACUUAGCGCAUGCGCCAAAGAGAAUCGAUUUUAAGCUAGACCAAGAAACACACAAAAUGAAUGUUACGAACGUAAAAAGAUUAUCUUGCAGAUGGCGACUAAUAAUGUAAGCUUAUGGUGAAGUGUUAUUUUAAACAUAGAACCCAUCGAACUUGUUUGUUGGAACAUAUUGUGAUGUAUAUGAGGAUUUCAGGAAUAAAUGACAGUCUAUAACUACUUGAACAAUAUAUUUUGUGUUUUGUUUCAUCCAGCUGGGUAAACAUUCAGUAAUAUGCAAAACAAAUAAGUUUUUUAUCGUUUUUUUAAUAUACAUAUUUUCAUAGUUAAAUUUAUUAUUGUGGAAAUUUUUAAGCAGUCUUUCUUGGAAAGCGAAGGCCGCUGAAGUAAGUUUUUAUAUUUCUUUGUUUUAGCAAAUGUCUGAAGAACUUAUUUUGUACACAGAGAGUUUUGUCUUGAUUAUUCAACCAUUUUUUCUUUAUGUCAACAGAACAGAAUACUACCAUCAAUUUAGUUACUGUUAAGUAAUAUCGGGAGGUCUAGAUUUCGGAUUUGUAGCUUGCAUUUGCAAAAUCGAAUGUCAGAACUUUGAGAUUAUUUGUAAAAAUAGAGUAGUACGGUUGAGGUUUAACGCGAGCAGUUUUUCUCAGCCGUGCUCAUAGACUAUACGAUCAAGGUCUGAAUGAAGUACGCGUUGAAUAUCAGAUCUAAUGUCUAAAUUUAAUUCUGUAUAUUUUUGUUCUAAUGCAAGACUUGAUUGAAAUGACGUAA